AUGGAUGAUUCUGAAACACGUUCCGCAUUAGGAUUAUCACAAAAGGCAGUAUAUUAUGACCAGGGAAAACGCUACGAAGAAGCGAUUUUUUGUUAUACAGAAGCGGCUAAUAAGUUGUUACGUUUAAUUCAUGAAAAGAAAUGCCUUCCGAUUUUCCGGAGAAAUGUGAAAGAAUGCAUAGAUCGAGCGGAAUUCCUCAAAGCUAAUCUAGAUCGUCUUCAAACACAAUAUCCAGUAAAUGAAAACAUAAUCGAAGAUGUUGAAUUUUUAAUGCUGAAAGCAGAAAUAUUACAAGAAAAUGUGGAGAAACAGCAACAAGUUUGUGAAAUUUAUGAGAAAGUCGUGGAAAAAUGCCUAAAUUCCUCAAAAACUGCCAUGAGCUCCGAAUCGCGCAAAAUAAUUCGAAAUUUUGCUGAAAAAGCCUUAGGACUCGCUGAGAAGAUCCAUGAAAGAAAUACAAUAAAAGAAUUCGAAUUGAAUUUACCUGAUGUUCCUGUGGAUGAAAUUUCGAAAAUCACAUUAACUCCGGCGGAUGAUAAUGCUCAUUCUCCAUCCAAAUCUAUAAGAACAAUGCCUGCUUCACCAACAAAAGGAGGUCAAAAAUAUACAAAAGAAGAAUUAGCCGUGCUGAGUACAACGUCUAAUAUUAAUAACCGAUUGUAUGUGCCGUUUCAUGCUUAUGACAAAUUUAACGAAUUUAAAGGAAUUGCCGGUAAAUUCACAGAUCCAGAUGGAAAAAUUAGUCUAACUUUGAAGCAGAAAAAUAGACUGAAAAGUUGGAAACGAGCUAGCGAGCUCUUUGAAAAUCCGUGCUUAAUUCAAUCAAUUGAUAGUGCAGCGAUUAAACAGACGGUUAUUUCCGAUUGUUCGUUCAUUUCUUCAUUGUCAAUUGCUGCUCUUUAUGAGAAAAAAUUCAAAAAACGGCUGGUCACCAGCAUCAUAUUCCCCCAAGAUUCAUCUGGCAAACCGUUGUAUAAUCCGGCUGGAAAAUAUGUCAUUAGACUGCACAUAAAUGGAGUUUGGCGCAAAGUUGUCAUUGACGACUAUUUUCCUUGUGAUGAACGAGAUCAGUUAAUGUGCUCUCAAAGUGAAAGAAAAGGCGAAUUAUGGGUCUCGCUACUCGAAAAAGCCUAUAUGAAAGUGAUGGGAGGAUACGAUUUUCCGGGAUCAAAUUCGAAUAUUGAUUUGAACGCACUUACUGGGUGGAUACCCGAACGAAUUUCGAUUGAUCGCAAAAAGCCCGAAGAAUUUGAUGCCGAUAAAGUAUUCCGGAAGCUUUUCGAUCGAAUGCAUCGCGGAGAUUGCCUUAUUACGUUGGCAACUGGUCGAAUGACACAGGAAGAAUGCGAUCGAGCUGGACUCGUUGAGACUCAUGCUUAUGCUGUCCUUGAUAUGAGAUGUGUUGAUAAUAUUCGACUUUUCCAAUUAAAAAAUCCAUGGAAACACUUGCGGUGGAAAGGAAAAUAUUCAGAUCGCGAUAAGGCGAAUUGGACAUCUAAAUUGAGAAUUGCUUUGAACUACAAUCCCGAAGAAGCUGAAAAAAAUGACGACGGUAUUUUUUGGAUCGAUUAUGAUUCAGUUAUCAAUUUUUUCGACGUAUUUUACGUCAAUUGGAAUUCGGAAUUGUUUCCGCACACUUCUGUAUAUCAUGCGACUUGGAAUCAAUGCUCUGGUCCUGUUCGAGAUAUUUAUACUGUUGGAGACAAUCCGCAGUAUUCGUUGAGUGUUAACAAUCGAAGUGGAUCGUCGGCGGUUUGGAUUCUUCUCACGCGACAUAUAACUCGAAUUGACGAUUUUGCGGUAAAUAAAGAAUACAUCACGGUAAUGGUAUACGAAACAAAGAAGAAGGUCUACAUUCCAUCCGAUCCAGCGCCAAUCUCAAGCGGUGUUCGCAUCAACAGUCCACAUUAUCUUUGUCAAAUGCUCGUCACAAAACCUGGAAUCAAUAAUUAUACCCUAGUUGUUGCUCAAUAUGAAAAAACGAACACAAUCCAUUAUUCGCUGAGGGUUUACUCGACUACUGACUUCGUUUUAGAACCAAUUAAAUUGCCGUAUACUGUGACGAAAACACUGGAAGGAAUUUGGGAAGGAUCGUUGGUACCGGAAAAAAAAUUCCCUAUCAUGAAACUAACACUAAACUCCGAUUCUGAUGACAUUUGUAUGCUAUUUGAAUUAAAAGCUCCAAAAGAAUUCAGCGUUGCUUUGGAGUUUAAGCAAGUUAGUUCGGAUCGAGUGAUCUUCUUUGAAACGCAGAAUACUGGACCAUAUCGUCCUGGCUAUACUGUCUUGCAAAUGGAAAAAAUUCCCGCCGGAAUUUAUUAUCUCAAAUUAGCAACCUUCACGCCUGGUCAAAAAGGUCCGUUUAUACUGAAUGUCGAUUCAACAUGCAAGUUCGAUAUUGAAAAACUGCAUUUGUAA